AAUGUUUUGUAAACACGAAAUCGAAACAAAUUCAAGCGCAAGCAAACUACACAAAAACUAAUUCCCUCGGCAAAAUAUUUUUUUUAAUUUCGAGAAUAAUGCUGUAGUCCUCCAAAAUCAUCAUCGUAUUAGGAUAUACCAAUACUUUAAAGCAAGAAUAACAGAAAUAUCCAGACGAUAGUGAGUCAAAAUGCGUUGUCUCAUCGAUAACUGUGAUGCUUUGUUGCGGCACAAAUGGGAAACCGGAAUAUCAUCUCACAGAUUUCCCAAAAAUGCGGGAAAGCGUGCAGCCUGGUUGAAAAUCCUGGAUCCAACAGGUACCCAGUACAAGGUAACGGACAACUCCCGAAUCUGCUCCCUGCACUUCGUGAAGUCGGAUUUCCACGAAGGAUUCCAAGGAAAACGGCAGCUGAAUCCCAACGCGUUGCCAUCCAUGAAUCUAGGUCAAGCUUCCCAGCUAGAAGGACCGCAACCCCCAGUAGAAAGGGAACCGUGGGACAUCCCAAGAAAAGUACCCGUACGUCUUAAAAAAUCGGAGACAAUCUGGGUCCAACCGAUAAGGUAUGCAGGGGAUUUAAAGACUGCCCACAUGGACCAGAUGAGUCCGAGGCUGGCCAAGCACGUGCUUCCCAAGGUUUACAAACAGCUACAGAACACGACAAUCCGCCUGAAUCGGUACAAGCAACGAUGCCGGUACUACCAAAGGCAGACACUGCAGCUGAAAAGUUUGCUAAUAGAGAUGAGCGCUCAGCAUGGCAUUUCCAUUCCGAGUGGCAUCCGUAUGCGGGAGCAAAUUGAAAGCUUGGCUGGUGAAAUACAGAUGCCAAUGGAAAGCGACGUCGAAGAUGCGGAUCCGGAUCCUCUGAGUGGGGACAACGGGGAGAUGAAAAUUGAGCCACCAGAGGAGACUCAGGAUGAUCCGGACGAUGAGGAACCUAAUGAGGAUGGUAACAACGACGAGGAAGAUGAUGACGAUGAAGAUUACCUCGGUGUGCGCCUCGAAGAUGAAGCCGUUCAAAAAUUGAUGGCGGUGCUUUGAGGAUUCCAAUUAUAUGAACGAUGGUUUUAUGUAAUUUGAAUAAACUUUUAGUUAAAUGAUGCUAUGACAAA